GAGUCAUUUGUCCGGGCGAAGAACUGGGUUAAAGAGCUUCAGAGACAGGCCAGCCCAAACAUCGUAAUAGCGCUGGCGGGGAACAAGGCCGACCUCGCAAACAAGAGAGCUCUGGACUUCCAGUCUGAAACUGUAAAGAGAGCGAUCCAGAUGUGA